GGAGGAAGGACAGCAGAGCUGAAGUAUUUGGACAGCAGUGCUUGUGAGCAUUUCUGGAGCCCAAGCUCUUCUCACAGAGGAAAGGACAGAGCAGGCAGCAGACAGCAUGGAGCACCCGUCAGCCCCUGCCCACAGAGGGCACUUCCCCUGGCAGGGCCUCCUGCUGGCAGUCUCUCUCACAACUUUCUGGAACCAGCCCACUGCCGCUCAACUCACUAUUGAAUCGGUGCCGACCAAUGCUGUCCAAGGGAAGGAUGUUCUUUUGCUUGUCCACAAUCUGCCUGGGAAUCUUGCAGCCUAUGGCUGGUACAAAGGGGCCAGAGUAGAUCCCAGUCAAGAAAUUGUGUCCUAUGUAAUAAACACACUACAAACUACCCCAGGGCCUCUAUACAGUGGUCGAGAGACAAUAUACUCCAAUGGAUCCCUGCUGUUCCAGAAUGUCACCCAGGAGGACACAGGAUACUACACUCUACAAGUCUUCAAGGCAAAUUUCCAAACUGAAGUAGGACUUGGACACCUGCAAGUAUACCUGGAGUUAACCAAACCCAACAUCACAUGCAACAACUCCAACCCUGUGGAGCAUGAGGACCCUGUAGUGUUAACAUGUGAACCUGAGACUCAGAACACCAUCUACCGGUGGUUGAUCAACAAUCAGAGCCUCCUGGACAGCACCUGGCUGAAGCUAUCCUCGGACAACAGGACUCUCACUUUAUUCAACAUCACAAGGAAUGACACUGGACCCUAUGAGUGUGAAACCCGGAACCCAGCGAGUGCUCGUCGCAGUGACCCAUUCUACCUCAACAUUCUCUAUGGCCCGGAUGCCCCCACCAUUUCCCCUGCAGACUCCUAUUACCAUCCAGGGGCAAACCUCAGCCUCUCCUGCCAUGCGGCCUCUAACCCACCUGCACGGUAUUCUUGGCUUAUCAAUGGGAGGCCCCACCAAUCCACACAGGAGCUCUUUAUCCCCAACAUCACUGUGAAUGAUAGUGGAUCCUACACCUGCCUCGUCCAUAACUCUGUCACCGGUCUCAAUAGGACCACAGUCAAGACCAUCACAGUCUCUGCGGAGUUAACCAAACCCAACAUCGCAUGCAACAACUCCAACCCCGUGGAGCACAGGGACCCUGUAGUGUUAACAUGUGAACCUGAGACUCAGGACACCACCUACCGGUGGUCGAUCAACAAUCAGAACCUCCCGGACAGCACCUGGCUGAAGCUAUCCUCGGACAGCAGGACUCUCACUUUAUUCAACAUCACAAGGAAUGACACUGGACCCUAUGAGUGUGAAACCCAGAACCCAGUGAGUGCCCAUCGCAGUGACCCAUUCUACCUCAAUGUUCUCUAUGGCCCGGAUGCCCCCACCAUUUCCCCCUCAGACUCCUAUUACCAGCAAGGGGCAAACCUCAGCCUCUCCUGCUAUGCAGCCUCUAACCCACCCGCACAGUAUUCUUGGCUUAUCAACGGGAGGCCCCAGCAAUUCACACAGGAGCUCUUUAUCCCCAACAUCACUGUGAAUGAUAGUGGAUCCUACACCUGCCUCGUCCAUAACUCUGACACCAGCCUCAGUAGGACCACAGUCAAGACCAUCACAGUCUCUGAGCCAGUGGCACAGCCCUCCAUCCGAGCCAGCAACACCACAGUCACAGAACAGAAGGACAUCGUGGUCCUGACCUGCCUCACUAGUGACACUGGGAUCUCCAUCCAGUGGUUCUUCAAUAACCAGAUUCUAGGGCUCACAGAGAGGAUGGAGCUGUCCCAGGACAACAGCACCCUCACCAUAGACCCAGUCAAGAGGGAUGAUGCUGGGGAUUAUCAGUGUGAGGUCUCCAAUCUAGUCAGUUCCAGAAAAAGCGACAUCCUCAGGCUGUAUGUGAAAUAUGCUCCAACACCAGGAAAUUCUGCUGGCCUCUCGGCUGGGGUCAUUGACAGCAUCAUGGUUGGAGUCCUGGCUGGGGUAACUCUGGCAGCUCCGCUUCACUUUCUUUAUAUCUGAAAGAUUUGAGGGUCAGGGCCACUCUGACAACUCCCCUAACAAGAUGGAUGCAGUUGCAUUUUCUUCCCUGAACUUCAAUGUCCAGGAAUCAAGGAAACCAACUUCAGCCUCCCCACCCCAUCAGCCAUGGAAACAGUUUAUUCAGACAUGAAACAGAAGUACUGCAACCUGCCCUGUUCG